CUUGAAGGCGCCUCUUACCCACAGAACGCUAUGACUGUCGAGGCCCCUGGUCUCAUCCUUCCAAGCGAUGUCCUAGUCAUCAUAAUGGAAAGCCUUGGUAUAGUAGAACUGGUCAAUUUCUCUUACACCUGCAAAUUCGUAAACCUCUUGGUCCACGAGUUUGGAUGGUCGCUCUACCUCAAAUACAACGUUCGUCCGUCAUUCACGUUGCAGCCGGCACGCAGAAGCUGGUCUUCUUUUGAUCAAGUUCGAUACAAUGUUGCGUCUGACCGCUGCUGGACUCGGGCCAAGUUUAACGCGCGACCAUUAUCACAUCCCUGGCGCAGUAAACUUCAGCCUAUAAUUGCCCUGUCUGCUUCCGUAUUGCUAGUUGCUGCUGGUCACACCAUCUACGCAUAUCGUAUAACCGACUCUUCCUCGCUCAAUGAUGGUGCUCCUGGGGUCUUAUACGAGGGCUCAUAUUCGUUCACAGACCGGCGGGAAAUCACAAGCAUCACCUUUAUUCCCGAUGGUCAUUCGGAAAGGACAGUAGCUGUCGGGUUCGAAGACGGACAUAUACAUCGUGUAUUUCUUCCUCAGGAGCAACCCAACAAUAAGCCAUUCUCACUGACCAUCGAACGCGAUUCCCCUCUCGGAUUGCGCAUCAUCGAUCUAGUAGAGAGCCUGACAUGCUCAGAUGACAUGCUCCUGUCUCUAUCAUCUUUCGGAACAGCAGGCCUCUGCAACUUAUCUUCAGAUUCGCCGCUCGUCAGCGCCAUAAACCUGGAUUGUAGAUCAUGGUCCAGUUAUAUCUGCAUGAAAUCCUCCACGCCGUUUACGGCAUUUGGCACGACAUCCCCGAAUCCUCUCGCCGUUCACGCCGUAACGCCUUCCGAACUAUCUCCUGAACCAUUUGCCAUCCUGCAUUCCACACGCGAACGUUCCACUGCAGUGUACGAUAUAACGGACGCGCCACCAUCUGCACCAUGGGGAUCCUCAAAACAGGUCGUCGUAUCCGGGUGGUACGAUGGCGCUGUUCAGGUGCAUGAUAUGCGCUCAGGCCGGCGUGAUUCAGGGGUGACGGGCACUCCUGCCCCCUUGCGUCCCAUGCUCACGUUCCGUGACCCCUGGUCUGAUGAGCCCAUCUAUUCCGUGUCAUGUGGAGGCGGUUCUUCAAGUUUUGUUGCAGCAGGCACUGCCCGUCACAGCGUUGUUGCAUUCUGGGAUGUUCGCCGUCCCACAGAGGGAUGGAGUGUACACGCUCCAGGCAACGACUCAUCUCCAGUCUACUCCCUGAUACUCGAGAGCUCUCGUCUUUUUGGCGUUACGCAAAGUCGACCAUUUGUGCUCGACUUUGGGCUAGGUGUGACUAAAGAGACAUACCCCUUCCUACCUUCUUCUUCUUCCACACGCUCCCAGCAUGAUCCCCUCAAACUAAAGAAGAACGGAGUCGGAUAUUGCGUCACCCAAUACAAUCACAGCCGUACAUAGACAAUACCUUCCAAGUUAUUUACCAUCUUGUUCGUUCA